AUGCCCGACCAAGUAACCCUCUACACAUACUUCCGCUCCUCCUGCUCAGCACGCCUCCGAAUCGCCCUCCACCUGAAAAACAUCCCCUUCACCCCAAUCUUCAUCAACCUCCUCCGCGACGAACAAUCAUCCCCAACAAACCGCUCCAUCAACCCCUCCGGCACCGUCCCAACCCUCCUCAUCACCGAGGGCUCCAGCACAGUGACAAUCACCCAAUCCCUCGCCGCCCUAGAAUACCUCGACGAAGCAUUCCCAAACAACGGACCCCUUCUCCUGCCUUCUUCCCCGCAAACCCGCGCUAUUGUCCGCACGCUCUCCCAAAUAAUAGCCUGCGAUGUCCAGCCCGUCACGAACCUGCGGAUCCUGAAGCGUGUUGCGCCGUUGGGCACGGACCGCGCGGCUUGGUCGAAGGAUUUGAUUGAGGAUGGAUUACGGGCUUAUGAGGCUAUUGUGGAAAGCUCGGCGGGCAGGUUUAGUGUGGGUGAUCAGAUUAGUAUGGCGGAUGUUUGUCUUGUGCCGGCUGUUUGGGGCGCGGAGAGGGUUGGGGUGGAUUUGAGUGGGUUUCCGGUUGUUGCGAGGAUUAUGAAGAAUCUUGAGAUGGAGGAGGCUGUGAAGAAGGGGCAUUGGCAGACCCAGCCGGAUACUCCUGAGGAUUUGAGGGCCAAGUAG